AUGACGAGGGGAGAACGGUCUGCAAGGAAUAUGGUUCCACGAGACGAUAAUGCGCUGUUCCGGCGGUUUAUACGGGAGAUGGACAAGAGGAGCGGUCAUCACGCUGAGAGUGGCGGUGGUUCACCCGCGAUCACGUUAGGUGAUGGGAGCGGCGACGAUGACGACGCUACCUCGCUGGAUGGCGGGGAUACUACUGAUGGAGCGCUCCGUGAGAUGUUGGACAACCUUGAGCAAGGUAUUAAUACUGCGAUCGAGGAGCGCAACGGCACCGGUGAUGACCGGACCGGUGACCGGCUGGUGCACACGUUCACGCCUCAUGCAGGCAUGGGGAUCCGCCGUCCCGGAGACACCAACACCCAGACGUACGGACAGUUGCUUAUGCGAAACCUGCUGAUGUUAGACUACAUGAUCCUUGUCAUGUUGUUCCCCUUCUCCCUAUACAACGUUUUGAGAAGCGGGUUCAACAUGGUCACUUUCAACUGCAACGGUGCGGGUGACGACGCGGACUUUAUCGUUAACCUGAUCGUCUACAUACGUUACUGCGAGGCGAUCACCGAAGACGGCGAAUCCUUAGUCGGGUACCAGACGGCAAAGGCACUCACUGCCGGUGGUACGAACUUGAACGGCGGGCUAAGCCUACUGAUCAAAUUCCACAACGUGAUCAACUACUACGGGAUGGUCGCACUGCGUGGCGUAGUACGAGCCCUGCCUCGGGCCGUGGUCAAACGAGCCGCGACAGCAGCUGCGACCACAACUGUACCUGCUGUACUGAGACGCACGGCGGUCACGUUUUACAACGGAACGGUGAAAACUACCGCUGCGGCACUGUACCUGCUCUACGGCGUGUUGGGCACCGCAUACUUGUACGGUUCGAUGCUCUUCUUCGCGCUCUGCCUCACCAUCACGGUCACAAGAAGGUACAAGACCGUCGCACGGGUCCUCGCCAACGAGACGCGCCCACGCAUAGACUAG